AUGGUUCUUCAAGAUUUAGAGUCGGCGCAUAAAUGCUGCAGUAUCAGGAUCUUACAAGGGUCCAGCAAUUUAGAUGAGAAGGCAUUCGAUGGCAUGAUCAAAGAGAUCUGUUCUGCAUUACUCGAGGCCGAUGUGAAUGUUAGAUUAGUGGGAAAUCUGCGAAAAUCCAUCAAAGCCUCUGUGAACUUUAAAGAACUCGCCCCGGCGGUCAAUAAGAAAAAAGUCAUUCAAAAGGCUGUAUACGAUGAAUUAGUCAAACUUGUCGACCCCCAUGCCGAACCCUUUAAGCCAAAGAAAGGCAAAGCGAAUGUUAUUAUGUUUGUUGGAUUGCAGGGAGCUGGAAAAACCACGACAUGUACGAAAUUGGCAAGAUGGUAUCAAUCAAGAGGCUUCAAGGCUUGUUUGGUAUGCGCGGAUACCUUUCGUGCAGGUGCUUUUGAUCAGUUGAAGCAAAAUGCUACAAAGGCUAAAAUUCCAUAUUACGGUUCUCUCACACAGACGGAUCCAGCGGUUGUAGCAAAGGAGGGUGUGGAUAAGUUUAAGAAAGAGAAAUUUGAGAUCAUUAUUGUGGAUACCAGUGGAAGACAUCGACAAGAGGAUGCAUUAUUCCAAGAAAUGGUGGAUAUUCAAACAGCCGUGAAGCCCGACCAAACUGUGAUGGUAUUGGAUGCUAGUAUAGGACAGCAAGCCGAAGCCCAAAGUAAAGCUUUUAAAGAGACUGCUGACUUUGGAGCUAUCAUUAUCACUAAAACUGAUGGACACGCAAGUGGAGGUGGUGCAAUUUCUGCAGUUGCAGCAACACAUACACCUAUCGUAUUUAUCGGAACUGGAGAGCACAUGCUUGACCUAGAAAAGUUCGCACCCACGCAAUUCGUUUCCAAACUACUGGGUAUGGGAGAUAUGCAAGGGCUUAUGGAGCAUGUCCAGUCUCUAAAAUUAGACCAGAAAGAUACUAUGAAGCACAUCGUGGAAGGUAUCUUUACGGUUCGUGAUCUUCGUGAUCAGUUAUCUAACAUUAUGAAGAUGGGUCCCCUAUCAAAAAUGGCUGGUAUGAUUCCGGGUAUGGGAUCCAUGAUGCAAGGAAUGGAUGACGAAGAUGGCGCCAUGAAGCUCAAACGUAUGAUAUAUAUAUGUGAUUCGAUGACAGCGAAAGAACUCGAUUCAGACGGAAAGAUGUUUAUCGAUCAACCUACUAGAAUGACAAGGAUAGCUUGUGGAAGUGGUACCAGUGUAAGGGAAAUAGAGGACUUGUUGACUCAACACAAGAUGAUGGCGGGUAUGGCAAAGAAAAUGGGCGGAAACAUGAAGAACAUGCAGAAAGCACAAGGGGCAAUGGGAGGUGGAAACAAGCAACAACAAUUGGCUGCUAUGCAAAAGAGAUUAGCCUCGAUGGGAGGUGGCGCAGCUGGCGGAAUGCCAGAUAUUGGUAGCAUGAUGAAAAUGCUCGGUGGUGCGGGAGGUAUGCCAGGGGGUAUGCCUGACAUGUCUAGUUUGAUGAAAAUGAUGGGAGGUGGUGGAGGUAUGCCAGGAAUGCCAGGUAUGGGAGGUAUGGGAGGAACUCCUCCUGCAGGCAGAGGUAGAAGGUAA